GAAACCAGCUGACAUCAUGGAAGGAAAGAAUCAAACGGCUCCAUCUGAAUUCAUCAUCCUGGGGUUCUCCAACCUGAGUGAGCUACAGCCUUUCCUCUUCAUCAUCUUCCUUCUGACUUACGUGUGCACUCUGGGAGGGAACGUCUUCAUCAUCUUUGUGACCAUGGCUGAUUCACACCUACACACCCCCAUGUAUUAUUUCUUAGGGAACCUGGCCUUUCUUGACAUCUGCUACACCACCACCAAUGUCCCCCAGAUGAUGAUUCACCUUCUGUCAGAGAAGAAAAGCAUUUCCUACGGCGGCUGUGUGGCUCAGCUCUUUGCAUUCAUUUUCUUUGUCGGAUCAGAAUGUCUCCUCCUGGCAGCUAUGGCAUAUGAUCGUUACAUCGCCAUCUGCAAGCCCUUGAGGUAUUCAGUCGUCAUGAGAAAGGAGCUGUGCCGCCAGCUGUCAGCCUCGUGCUGGACGGGUGGAUUCCUCAACUCACUGGUGCACACGAUUCUCACCUUCCGCCUGCCCUUCUGUGGCAACAAUCAGAUCAAUUACUUCUUCUGUGACAUCCCCCCUUUGCUGAUCUUGUCCUGUGGGGACACUUCCAUCAAUGAACUGGCUUUGCUCUCCAUUGGAGUCUUUAUUGGGUGGACUCCUUUCUUGUGCAUCGUCCUUUCCUACCUCUACAUCAUCUCCACCAUUCUGAGGAUCCGCUCCUCAGAGGGCAGGCACAAAGCCUUUUCUACAUGUGCCUCCCACCUGCUCAUAGUUCUUCUGUAUUAUGGCAGUGCCAUCUUCACAUAUGUGCGGCCCAUCUCCUCUUACUCACUGGAGAAAGAUAGACUGAUCUCAGUGCUGUACAGUGUUGUCACUCCCAUGCUGAACCCAGUCAUUUACACACUGAGGAACAAGGACAACAAAGAAGCUGUGAAGACUAUAGGGAGAAAGUGGCAGCCACCAGUUCUGUCUUAUGAUCUGUGACCUACUUA